AUGGAGAAGGUGGAGCGGACUGUUUACAUGGAUACUCUCCCACCACAAGCUAAUGAAUCAGUACUGAAAACUGGGUUAGAUCAGUUUGGUGAUAUCAAGAAUAUAAGCUUCAUUCCGAACUACAUGGAUCCUAGGAACAACAUGCGUUGUGCAUUGGUUGAGAUGAAGGACCAUAAUCAGGCAAAAAAUGUCAUUAAAACGCUCACUAACUCUCCUUUCAUGAUUGCUGGCAUGCCAAGACCAGUGAGGGUGCUUCCUGUUGAGCUGAAGAUGUUUGAUGACCGUCCAAGAAAACCCGGCAGGAAAAUAACAUUCAAUUGGUUGGAAGCAGAUGACCCAGACUUUAAGGUCACAAAAGACAUGAAGCGUGCUUUCGUAAGCAAUGUAGUCAAAAGCGAGUUUCUAUGCAGAAACCAUCUGGAGGAAGAAGAGAAACUGCACAAACAUCAAGUGGAGAUCCUGAAAGCAAAAUACAAGAAGUACGAGGUGGCGGAUGGUGUGAUAAGCGUUGGGACAACUCAGUGUGUGGUGAAGAGAUACGGUAUGAGAGUUGCAGAUGAUUGA